CAUAAAAACGACGUAGUAUCCUCAUUCCGGCCACACAAGCGCUUGAUCUUCCUGCUAUUGAUCGUUUGGAUUAGUUUAUUCAGUGAAACGCCGUAGAGCUUAUUUUCGAUUGUUAUCAAGUGAGGGACGAGACAUCUGAGUGGGUAUAGCGAGUGAAGGAGGAAGGGAUGUCGUUCACGUUGAGGAGCGUGAAGGUGCCGCCGAACUCGGCGAGUCUGGAAGAGGCAAGGGCUCGGGUCUUCGAUUUCUUCAGAACGGCCUGCAGAUCCAUUCCCCAAAUCAUGGACAUCUACAACCUACAGGACGUCGUCACCGUGUCCCAGCUCCGCUCCACCAUCGCCUCUGAGAUUCGUAAGAACUCCCAAAUCACCAAUCCCAAGGUAAUUGAUUUGCUUCUCUUUAAAGGAAUGGAAGAGCUGAAUAACAUUACGGAGCAUGCAAAGCAGCGCCAUCAUAUCAUUGGCCAAUAUGUAGUGGGUCAACAAGGUCUUGUGCAGGAUUUGGAUACCAAGGAUCAAGGCAUCUCUGAGUUCCUCAAGAAUUUCUAUAAGAGCAACUACUUUUGAAUUCAAUAUUUUGUGGAUGUCCCUAUCGAGGUCCAAUUAUUAGUUUGGUUUUCUAUAAGAGCAACUAUCUGUGAAUCUUCUGAUGGAUGAUACAUUUGACUGCAAGUGCAACCAAAUUAUGACUUUCUCGUUUGUGGUUUCCUGUUAGGUUUCAUAUGGAUCUUUCCUUUUGGUGAAAACAGUAUUAGAAAAUGGAAAUAUAGAAUUAUUGUACA